AUGUCCGGGAGCAUCCUCAUUACAACACCAGACGACCUCCAAUCCCCAAAAGAUCCACGGACUCUUACUUCUUUAAAUGAGAUACUAUCAUGCUUGUCGUGGUAUCAGUCCAUUGAAACAGAACUCUCAAACUCCCUGACAGAGCUUCUCUCAAAUCGUCAAUCUAUUGACGAGUCACUCCAGCAGUUAGAGGUUCUCGUUCCGCGUCUCGAUGACCUUCAAAUUGAAGCAACAAACUUUUCGACCAAGGUCUCAGCCACUGCGCAGACAGCAGAACGAGUGGGUGGACGUGUACGUUCGCUUGACGAGGAAAUGAGACGCGUUGGAGAGGCUGCUGAGCGGGUCGGGCAAGUCAUGGAACUGAAAUCUUCUCUUGCUCAAUUACAGUCUUGCAUCGAAAACCAAGACUGGGAGUCGGCCGCCAGAUGUUGUGCGCGUGCCAUGUCCUUGCCCUUUACAAUCAUUUCAGGGCCUUUUGCAGAGUCUGUUGUUCCUACAGCUGAGAGUCACUUGCCUCCAGCCCAGACCCUGCAGGCUGCACGAGAACAGCUUUUAUCCAUUUUCAGGAGUCACUUCGAACAAGCAUCUCGCGAACGAGAUGCUGCAGCCACGACUCGUUACUUCAAACUCUUUCCUACUAUUGGUUGGGAGGCAGAAGGUCUCGAGGCCUAUGCAUCCUUCGUGGUCGAUCUUGUGCGAGUGAGAGCUCCAACAUCAGCCAAAACCUCCUCACCUCUAUACUUCGUGACUACACUUACAGCGUUACUGGAAAGUGUUGCCAUGAUAGUUGACCACCACCAACCGGUCGUUGACAAAUAUUAUGGGGCAGGUAAGAUGACGACUGUCAUCAAGCGCUUGCUGGAUGAAUGCGAUCGUGUUGUGCGGCUUACAUUGGAUAGCUGGAGAGAAGAUAGGUCAAUAAAGAGAAAGCUUCUAGAUGUGUCCAGUUCUUCCUUCUCCAUUGCACCUGCUCGCAAGCAAUCAUCCCAGGUUUCAUCCCAAGAUGACGAUGAGUUUGACCCUCGCGAGAUUGACAAACUCUUAUCUGAAAUAGCGGGUAUGAGCGGUCGAUGGCACCUUUUCCGCAAGUUUCUUGUGGAGCAGAUACAGGAAGAUACUCAAAGCGGCCGAGUCACUCCUGUUUUACGAGGUCCCAAUCAUGAAGGACAUCAGUCACAUAUCAACGACGAUCUGAAUGCUUGGGGCUCUGGCAUUCAACCAGAUCUACUACAACUCGUGGAAUCCAGUCGAUCUCAUCAAGAGUUUGACGAACUUCUCAUGACUUAUUAUGUUCCGAUGGAGACAUGGUAUACACGUACUAUCAUCGACAAGGCUCACCGGUUGUCGUCUCCUGAUCUAUCACAAUCGCCUGUUACUACUACAACACCAGACGAUGUAUUCUACAUUCUCAAGACAGUCUACUCGCGAGUCCUGUCGGCGGGCUCGCUCAAGCAUGUUGAGCGAAUGACUGAUCUCUUGAAGGACUUUAUGGAUCAUGAUUAUGCUGGCGGCAUCAAGAGGAAGCUUGAUGAGGUUUAUCGAACGGCGGCGAACACGAGCGGUGGCGGACGUGGGGAAAAAUCUGAGCGAGAGUGCCGCACAUCCUUCAUCAUUCUCCUCAACGAUCUUGAUCUAUCUUCUUCGCACAUGGAGCGAUUGACGAAAGACCUUCUUGGUCACCAAACUAUAACACAACUUUUCCUGGAUGCAGAACAGCCACACGUGAAAAGGGUAAUCUCCAGUCUAACAGGAUCUGUAGCUAAGUUCCGUUCGGCGCUGAAAGCAGGCGUAGAGCAGCUUUUCAACCAGCUUAUGAGACCCAAAUUACGCACCUUGAUUCCAGACGUGUUCAAAGACGUAUCAUAUGUACUCGACGAAGACUCCUAUAACGCCGCAGAACAACACGACGUAGUUCGGAAGCGGUUUAUUAAAACGUGGGAGGGAUUGGUCGAUGGGUACAAGGAUGCGUUCACAGACAAUAACUACCGCGUGUUGUUUGGGCUUGCACUCGAUGUCGUUGCUCGACCCUGGGAGAAGUAUAUUUUGACGCUACAUUUCUCUGAGCUGGGUGCCGUCCGUUUCGACCGCGACCUUCGAUCAAUAAUGACAUACCUCUCGUCUCAAACGAUCUUUGGAGACAUCCGGGAGAAGUUUGUGCGCUUGCAGCAGAUCAGUUCGUUACUGAACUUGGAUAAUGAAGAAGACGUGGAUGGGUUCUACAGUGGUUCAGGCAUAUCCUGGACUUUCAGUUUACAGGAUGCAAAAAAUGUCGUGGCAUUGAAGGUAUAA